CGCAAUUGGCUUCCACCUUGCCGCUUGCUGGGUGACGUGACGUGGCGUGGCGUGAUGGAGCGCACAUGAUAGAUGGGAAAUAAUUGCUCAUGUGUGGUUUAGCGCUACGAUGGGUUUUGGUUUAUUUUCAUCGAACCUGAACUAAGACAGUGGAUUCAGCCGCGCAAUCCCCGAACACGGACACGGACUGCCCUCCCUGGUAAACAGCAUCCUGGGAAAAUACUCGUCCCCUUUUGCUUCCAUCGAGCACCCACAGCGAUUUUCGAAGGGAACCGCAGCAUGGCGUGGCCCUGCAUCAGCAGGGCGUGCUGCAUGGCCCGCUUCUGGAACCAGAUGGACAAGGCGGACAUCGCGGUGCCUUUGGUGUUCCCCAAGUACACGGACGCCACGGAGAUGCAACAUGUCCAGCUGCAGCCUCCAUCGCGGGCCGGGGUCGCUAUAGAAACACAGCCACCUCGCACCCACGGCCGCCGCUCCGGCGCCGCAGGUCCCCGAGCGCCGCGCAGGUGCGUGUCGGAGGAGCGAGUGUGCAGCUCGGUCAUGAGAGAGGACUUCAAGCACUGGAGAGUGCGACCCGAGCCGAGCUGCAAACCCAAGAACGAGUACCAUGGCCCAGAAAUACCCUUCAACAGCGAGACUCAGUACCAGAAAGACUACAAGCCUUGGCCCAUCCCCAAAAGGUACGACCACCCGUGGAUACCCAAACCGCCCGCGACCAUCUCUGCGGGAGACGACCGGCCGCCGGACACCUCCACAUCCGGCAAACAUCACGACGACGGCGGCGGCCUGGAGAAAAGCGCCAUUGCUGACAAAGUGCAAGAGAAAGACCUCAUCCAGGGCGACCAAAGGAAGAAGAGGUCGAGCAAAAAGGCCGACGGGGAGAAGAAAGUCGGCCUGCAGGUGGAAGCCGAAGGACGAGCAGCGGUGGACGCAGUCAACAGGCAGAUUAAGCAGGAGACUUCAGCCGGCACCUCUUAUAAAACAGAAUUUAAAGCAUAUAGAGAUGUGAAACCCGCCCAGAUGAUCCGGGCCAAGUCCCAGUACCUACCUCCGGAUGAGAAGACCAGGUUGGAAACCAGCUACAGUGCAACAUUCAAGGGGCAAGCCCCUGUGCAGUCCACUGACAAUAAAGCCCAGGAGAGGAGGAGGAUACGCAGUUUGUACAGCGAGCCUUACAUCGACCCCAUUAAACAGGUGGACAGAUCUACUGUCCCUCGCACGAAAGCCAAAAAGCCAGGGGCCGUCGCAGCCAGCCAGGGCAAGCUCAUGAAGAAAGCCAAAGAGCAGAGCAACCCAAUGAAGGCUUCCAGGAGGAUGACCUCGGAGAACCAGCCCGUGAGCCGCCCAGCGCUGGGGGUCAAGGAGAAAAGUAAAGAGAUGAACAACAAACUGGCUGAAGCAAAAGAAGAUGCUCAGGACGAGUUUGUCCGACCCGGUCAUCAUCAUUCCCAGGGUGCUGCUGGAGGAGAACCAGAACCGCUACUGGAAAGACCUGAACACCGGCGAAGCGGCGGAGUCGUGCGGUUUGCCCUCGAUUUGAACCAGACUGAGUAGUACUGUGAAAAUCACACACACACACACGUACAUUUUGAAAAAUGCAUGUCUGAAAUUGUUUUUGGGCCUAAAACUUAUAACUGUUUGACCUGUGGCAUUAUUGAAAAGGUGCUAUAUGAUUUUUUUUCCUCAUUUUAUGCAUUGUAUUUUAAAGCUAUAUUAAUAAUAAUA